AGAGGAGCGGAGCGCUGGCGAGGAGAGAGAGGAGCGGAGCGCUGGCGAGGAGAGAGAGGAGCGGAGCGCUGGCGAGGAGAGAGAGGAGCGGAGCGCUGGCGAGGAGAGAGAGGAGUGGAGCGCUGGCGAGGAGAGAGAGGAGCGGAGCGCUGGCGAGGAGAGAGAGGAGCGGAGCGCUGGCGAGGAGAGAGAGGAGCGGAGCGUUGGCGAGGAGAGAGAGGAGCGGAGCGUUGGCGAGGAGAGGAGCGUUGGCGAGGAGAGGAGCGUUGGCGAGGAGAGGAGCGUUGGCGAGGAGAGGAGCGUUGGCGAGGAGAGGAGCGUUGGCGAGGAGAGGAGCGUUGGCGAGGAGAGGAGCGUUGGCGAGGAGAGGAGCGUUGGCGAGGAGAGGAGCGUUGGCGAGGAGAGGAGCGUUGGCGAGGAGAGGAGCGUUGGCGAGGAGAGGAGCGUUGGCGAGGAGAGGAGCGUUGGCGAGGAGAGGAGCGUUGGCGAGGAGAGGAGCGUUGGCGAGGAGAGGAGCGUUGGCGAGGAGAGGAGCGUUGGCGAGGAGAGGAGCGUUGGCGAGGAGAGGAGCGUUGGCGAGGAGAGGAGCGUUGGCGAGGAGAGGAGCGUUGGCGAGGAGAGGAGCGUUGGCGAGGAGAGGAGCGUUGGCGAGGAGAGGAGCGUUGGCGAGGAGAGGAGCGUUGGCGAGGAGAGGAGCGUUGGCGAGGAGAGGAGCGUUGGCGAGGAGAGGAGCGUUGGCGAGGAGAGGAGCGUUGGCGAGGAGAGGAGCGUUGGCGAGGAGAGGAGCGUUGGCGAGGAGAGGAGCGUUGGCGAGGAGAGGAGCGUUGGCGAGGAGAGGAGCGUUGGCGAGGAGAGGAGCGUUGGCGAGGAGAGGAGCGUUGGCGAGGAGAGGAGCGUUGGCGAGGAGAGGAGCGUUGGCGAGGAGAGGAGCGUUGGCGAGGAGAGGAGCGUUGGCGAGGAGAGGAGCGUUGGCGAGGAGAGGAGCGUUGGCGAGGAGAGGAGCGUUGGCGAGGAGAGGAGCGUUGGCGAGGAGAGGAGCGUUGGCGAGGAGAGGAGCGUUGGCGAGGAGAGGAGCGAGAGGAGCGUUGGCGAGGAGAGGAGCGUUGGCAAGGAGAGGAGCGUUGGCAAGGAGAGGAGCGUUGGCGAGGAGAGGAGCGUUGGCAAGGAGAGGAGCGUUGGCAAGGAGAGGAGCGUUGGCAAGGAGAGGAGCGUUGGCAAGGAGAGGAGCGUUGGCAAGGAGAGGAGCGUUGGCAAGGAGAGGAGCGUUGGCAAGGAGAGGAGCGUUGGCAAGGAGAGGAGCGUUGGCAAGGAGAGGAGCGUUGGCAAGGAGAGGAGCGUUGGCGAGGAGAGGAGCGUUGGCAAGGAGAGGAGCGUUGGCAAGGAGAGGAGCGUUGGCAAGGAGAGGAGCGUUGGCAAGGAGAGGAGCGUUGGCAAGGAGAGGAGCGUUGGCAAGGAGAGGAGCGUUGGCGAGGAGAGGAGCGUUGGCGAGGAGAGGAGCGUUGGCGAGGAGAGGAGCGUUGGCGAGGAGAGGAGCGUUGGCGAGGAGAGGAGCGUUGGCGAGGAGAGGAGCGUUGGCAAGGAGAGGAGCGUUGGCGAGGAGAGGAGCGUUGGCGAGGAGAGGAGCGUUGGCGAGGAGAGGAGCGUUGGCGAGGAGAGGAGCGUUGGCGAGGAGAGGAGCGUUGGCGAGGAGAGGAGCGUUGGCGAGGAGAGGAGCGUUGGCGAGGAGAGGAGCGUUGGCGAGGAGAGGAGCGUUGGCAAGGAGAGGAGCGUUGGCGAGGAGAGGAGCUUUGGCGAGGAGAGGAGCGUUGGCGAGGAGAGGAGCGUUGGCGAGGAGAGGAGCGUUGGCGAGGAGAGGAGCGUUGGCAAGGAGAGGAGCGUUGGCGAGGAGAGGAGCGUUGGCAAGGAGAGGAGCGUUGGCAAGGAGAGGAGCGUUGGCGAGGAGAGGAGCGUUGGCAAGGAGAGGAGCGUUGGCGAGGAGAGGAGCGUUGGCAAGGAGAGGAGCGUUGGCAAGGAGAGGAGCGUUGGCGAGGAGAGGAGCGUUGGCAAGGAGAGGAGCGUUGGCAAGGAGAGGAGCGUUGGCAAGGAGAGGAGCGUUGGCAAGGAGAGGAGCGUUGGCAAGGAGAGGAGCGUUGGCAAGGAGAGGAGCGUUGGCGAGGAGAGGAGCGUUGGCGAGGGGAAGGGGUGUUGGGCGGGGAGUGUGUACGUAAGUGCAGCGGCUCGUGAGUUGCUGAAGGGUCUCAGCAGUGUGCCAGUGAUACGCAGCUUGAUCACUGCACUGCGGUCGCUGCUCUCACUCAUGCUCUCUGCCCCGCGCCUCCUCUUCGGAGCUGCCGUGGCCACAACAGCAGCAGUCUCGCCCGGGCUGCUGGGUCUAGCGCCGGCAUACGCGCUGAGAGGACAUGGUGGCAGUGGAGCGCGUGAUGGAGUACCUGGAUCUGCAGCACGAGCCAGGCGCCCCUCCACUGAGCCCCCUGCCAGCACGCGGCAGCACUGGCGCAAAAGGGCAGAAUGGCGAGGGUGGGAUGGCUUGGGGUCAAGGUCUUCAGGUUAA